AUGGAGCGGGCUCAAUUCGGUGGAACGUCAAAUGUCAUGAAUAACGAAGUCUCUUAUGGAAAUAUGGGGAGGUUAAGUGGGGCAACAAUUGAAGAGGAUGAAAUAAGCAAUGACGCGGGAGGUGAAGAACAAUAUAGUGCACCAGUUGAUAGUAUGCAAUUUGUUACCCAAGAUGUCGAAGAUAAUCCGGAAUGGCCUGAUGAGGCUUACGUUAAUAAUGACUACGUUGAGUACGAAGAACCACCCCCCGACGAGUUUGAAGAUGAUGAGUGGAUUCGUUCUUCCGCAGUAAAAGAUAUGUGUAUCGUUGAAAGUUCAACUCGUAGAGGAGAUGAUGACGCCCCCUUUAAAGUUGGUGAUUUAUUCGAGACUAAAGACCAAUUGGUUGAUGCUAUUCGUGAAUACUCUUUCGAAAAGAAUUUCAAGUUCAAGCAAGUUAAAAGCAAUCGCACAAGUUAUGAUGCAAUAUGUUUUAUGAACACACAAAGAACAGGUCUGACCGAGGGAAAUGAAGCUGAUUACUCAUGUCCUUGGAAGUUAUAUGCAUUUGCAGGAAAGAAACACAAUUUUCAAUUUAGGAUCAGUGAAUACUGCGGUGUUCACACAUGUGUCAAUCCAAUAUUAGAGCAAGAUCACAGUGGUGCAUCUGCCUCUUACAUAGCGCGGUUGAUUAUGCCAAAAUUAAGGAAGAAGCUUGAUCUAACACCCGAUAAUAUAAUUGAGAAAGUGCUUGAUACCAAGUUCAUUAAAAUAUCGUAUAUUAAAGCAUGGAAUGCAAGAAGAAUUACGAUGACAAAAAUAUUUGGUGAUUGGGACAAGUCUUACGCGACACUAGCUCAAUAUCUUGAUGCGAUCAAAAGAAGUAAUCCUGGAUCUGAAUACAAACUCAUAACCAAAGAGAUCGAUCCGGGAGUUCAUCAAUUCACCUCUGUUUUUUGGGUAUUUGGGCCUUCGAUUGAGGGGUUUAAAUUUUGUCGGCCUAUUCUUAGCAUUGAUGGCACACACUUAUACGGUAAAUACAAGGGUGUACUGCUUGUUGCUACAGGAGUUGAUGCAGAUGGUGGCUUAUUUCAUUUGGCCUUCGCCGUUGUGGAGCUUGAGAACAGUGAAAAUUGGGAGUGGUUUUUUUCUUGCAUUCAAUUAUAUAUUUUUAAUAUAUUGCCUCUUAGAAAAAUUACUUUCAUAUCUGAUAGGAUGAAAGGUAUUCCAAAAGCAUUGUGGAGGAGAUUUGGCUCUCAUCACCAUCAUCGCUAUUGCUUACGACACAUUAGAGCUAACUUCAAAAAGAGCUUUAGUCAGAUUCAUUUACAAAACCUUCUGUGGCAAGCGGGUUGUACGCCGGAAACAUAUGUGUAUGAUCGGAUACGGGAUCAAAUCAAGGCAACAUCUCAAGCUGCACAUGAUUGGAUUGAGAGAAGUCUGGGCAGUGAUUACGUCGACCGGUGGGCACUCAGUAAAGAUGGAGGGAAUCGGUUCUGCAUGAUGACAAUAAAUUGUUUUGAAAGCUUCAACGGCGUACUUAAGGGGGCUCGGGCAAUGCCCAUACAGGCGUUGGUUGCGAGGACAUUUUAUAGGCUCAAUUACUAUUUUGUCAAGCGGCGAGAGGAUGGAGCAAUGUGGGCCUCGUUCUUGACACCAAAAAAUGAGGCGAUUUUAGGAGCUUGA